CCAACAUGGCGGCCUCCGGCAGCCCUGGAAUGGAGCUUCUUUACGCUAGUGUAAAAGACCAAAUCCGAUCUCAGUAUGAUGCUCUCGUCUGUUGUUUACACUGGAAUAUGGUUCACAGUGGGUUUAAGUGUGUUGGAACAGAAGAAUCGCCCACUGGACAGAAGAGUGAACUUCUUCCAGAUGGUUGGUGUGAGGGGACCAGUGACUCCUAUGCAUUGAGGUAUCAGCCUACUGAGGGUGAAGAUGGUUACCUGCUAAAGGUGGUCAGGAUUGAUGAUACACUACUGGUUCAUGUUCUGAGAGAACGAGAUGAGAAGCUAUCAGAUCUAUCUUUGGAGACCUCAGACUACGUGAACGUGGACCAUCUUGGAAACUUUCACAGGAUGUUUCAAAACCUAAACAAGCUUCAGCAACAAUUCAAAACGGACCUGACAGACAAACUAAAAGACGUCCCUUCAUCAAGUACAUCGUCUGGACGAACCCUAAGAGACACGAGGCAGCAGGAAAACCCAAGGGGUAGGGAGGAAGGCAUAGAUCCCCUCAGAAUGCCCAGCAGACAGCCUUACAGAGAUACACGACCAGAGUGGGGACAACCCGCCAAUCCCUUUGUCGUUGGUGAGGGCGACUUGGAUCCCUUCAGUGGUGCUCCCCCUGGAAUGCUAAUGGAUCCACGAAGACAAGGUUUUCCAGGAGGGUAUGGUGGAGGUCUUGGCAUGCCUGGAGGAAGAUUACCCAGAGGAGCAGUACCUCCUGGUUCAAGGUUUGAUCCGAUCGGUCCUCCUGAUCCAGACGGAAGGGUUCCCAAUCCCAAUCCACAAGGAAGAUAUCGAGGUGAACCUGACCCAGACCAUGAACGUCCUCCAGGGUUUGAUGAUAUGUUCAUGUAGAUCUGUAAAUAUCUGGAGUCGUUGAAUAGAGUAAUUUCUGUGCGCAUGCCCUAGGUAUCUUCUUCUUCCUUUAAAUUGCUGCUUCAGAAAAUUUGAAGAUUACCGCACUUAAAGACCAGGGCCAAAUUUCAUAGCGCUGCUUAACAAUAAGCAAGGGGGUGUGAAGUACACAUGGUGACUGCUCUACUAUUAUCCAACACGGUUACCCCUAUUUUCUGUCACCUUUAUGUUCUGACAAGACAACCCUAUGAUCUGAAAAAUAAACCUGUGAUUUAUUAGUUAGGUUGGGGUUGGGGUCGAGGUUAAGAAUUGGAAAGUAUACAUGUACCAAGAAUAUCAGAACAUAGAGAUGUGGGAACAUAGGGUGUAUCCGUAUUUUUUAAAGACAUUAAAAAUGUAAAAAUCUUAUAUUAGUAUUAUUUUUUGUCAAUUCAGAAUUGAAUGUAAAUAAUAACUUUUGCCUGUUAAAGCCAUUAUACACUUUCGGAACAGAAAAAAACCAAAAAAACACAGAUUUACAAAUAACUUACAGGUUU